CGCCUGAGCCCACUCAGCAGUCAGAUUCAAUGCACCAACAGAAAAUGUUGCAAUCCAGCCAGGCUAAAAACCAAAAGUUGGCUGCAAACAGUAGUAGCACUUACAGCAAAACAACAACAGAAUCUAAAGCAAGUAGUGAUCGUAGUAGUAUGCACGCUGCUCCUUCGAAUAACAAAAGCUCCUCUUCUUCUGUACAUUCGUAUACGGCGGCCAGUGGCCAAACCCCUCCACCCAUAGUGACUGUGACCGCUGGCAGGGCAGACAGUAGUGCUAGUAGUAGUAACACAUUAGACGUAGGUAAUAACAGUAGUAACAUAAGUUCGAAAAGACAAGUCGAUCGGCUAGGUGUGCCUCAAAAAGAAGAUUCGGGCACAGAGAGUGGUGAAGAUUUGCGCUUCAUCGCUGCUGGCCUGCGCGACCAGCUGCAAAUGAAAAGUGAUUCCAACAUAAUUGAUGAUGUCACCUGUGCUCUGAGUCGUUUGGAGAACUCCCUCAAGGAGGGCAAGGACAUAACCGUAGAGGCGGAGAAACGCAAAGCCUUAUUGGCAUUGAUUGGUCGACUCCAAGCUGGUCUAACAUCACCCGAGAAAUUGGCCGAAAUUGCCGCCGCCAUGUCGGAGUUAGAUGGCAAUGAGGCACUAUAUGGGGAGACCUCUUCACCCGAGGCAGAUGCCCACCGGUCAAGCCGGCAGAGAUUUGCCAAGAGGCGCAAUCGUAUAGAUCGUCACACGGUUGGUGUUAGUCGCGAAGAGUUGGCAGAUGCCAGAAGGUACAUGGAGGAUAUGCAAAUUAUGGAAAACAUAUCACAUACAACGACACCAGAGGCCGGUGCCCAUGCAGGGCCACCUCAAUGGUUUCCACUGGAAAAGAAUGCCUCCACGGGAACAAUUCUAGCACAACAAUCUAUAAAACAAAAUAAUUUCCUCAAUGAGAAUUACAUACAAAACACCAUACAAAACUCACUUCCACCUCAGUCGAGCGCUCAGAAAAGAAGGCCUAUAUCAGGAGAUUUCUCCGUAAGCUUUGGAUUGGACAGAGAAUCAAAUAAUGUAGCCGCCAAAUACCAAAACACCAUAGACAGACAAAAUGAGAUAGUGGAUAAACGAAAUGCCGAGAAUGUAUCCCCAGACUCAGCAUCGAAAAAUAACAGAUUCGCCAGUAAGAAGAUGUUCAUGAAACGGGCCAACACCAUAGAUUUAUCUAAGGCCAAAAGGUUUAAUUCCGACCUGGAUACCGACUCGGAGGCUGAAGACAAGUCUCAGCUUAUUGGACUUAGGCGGGCAGUUCAUCCAACCGUUAAGAAGCGGGUGCAAAAUGUGGUGCCCCAAUUUGAGCCUAAAACGGAGAAUGAUCGCAAGUUUUUGGCCUUCAUUAACAAACAGAGUGACAAGCCGGGCUUGGGAUGGGCCAACGGCAGAUCCGUUUCAAAUUGGACCAGUAAAUUUGGAUCCCUUAAGCACACCUUCGAAGUGGGCGGUACGCCAGUGACAGCCGCCAAACCUCCCCAAGCCCCGGGCCAUUCUCAUAUCAGGCAUCAACAGAUCCCCAAACAACCCCUUCCUUCCAGGGAUGCAAACUACAUAAUCACCAAUCAACAAAUCGUCCAGCGCUUACAACAGGAAGCCGAACGUCAGGCGGAAGAGCGUAGAAUAAAAUUGGAGUACGAAAGGCGAGAGCUAGAGCGAAGAGAGCGCGAAAAGCUGGAAUAUUUACGCCAACAACAGCAACGUGAACGUUUAGAAAAGGAGCGCAUAGAACGGGAGUACUACGAGAGGGAAAUAAGAGAACGCAACGAAAGGGCGGCUGCUGCUGUCGCUGCUCAACAACAAGCCGCUGUAAAUGUUCCCAAGCCCAUACCCAUUAACGAGUUUAAGCAUGCCCCUCAGUCUGUAUUUAGACCCAUUGACAGUGGCGAGCAUAGUCCGAAACCAAUUUACAGACCAAUACCUCAACUACCCACAGGCCCCCACAGCUGGCAAGCCCCAUCAUCGUCAUCCGCGAGAGCACAUGCACUUUCGCCUAGUAGUCAUUCACUGAAGAGACCAGAUGACUCUUUCAUAACAUCUCCGUCUCCAUCCUCUAAAUCUCCCAUCGGCGUACCCUGGGCUUCCAAACCUGCUGUAGACUCGAGCAUCUUUAAAAGCACCGCAAACAAGUUCGAAGAACGAUCCAAGUAUGACAACUAUAAUGGCCAAAUGUUGCAACGACAUCAUUCUCUUCGUGCGUCCAAUAUGAAUGUGGCUCAGAACGAUGACUACAAAAAGCGUCCCUCGCUGCCCAACGCUGCCGAUCCUUACAGCGCACAUCGUGACUACCCCCAAGAGCCCAGUCCAUUGUCUACGUUCGCCCCACCUCCACCUACGAAUAUUUCAUUCGUUUAUAACAAUCGACCCUCGAAGCCCACAUAUUUAAGCUAUCCCUGCUUGCCCACAGCAGUUUCGGAAUCCGAUAGUUAUAGAUCUCGUGAGGAUUCACUUACCAAUCCUCAGGCGGUGCCAUUGAUUCUAACAAAUUCUAAUCCAACAUACGAGCCUCCCCAGGACCCGCUGCUGCUGCAACAUCCUCAACAUCCUUUCGACAUUAUGAGCCCCACUGAUAGCGCAAGCCCUAGUUUACAUGGAAUGCAACAACAAACGGACUACACCGAUGAUGACCUGGAUUCAGAAAACCUUAUGGAGUAUCGGGCGGUCAGCAAAGUUAUGGCUAAGCCUCAAUCCCAAACCGCUGUGACUGUAGGGCGCCGCACCGGCCAUGUGAGUGACGAUGAGGUCUAUGGCAAAAAUUCAAAGGCAGCAAAGAGUCUUUUGUCGACAAUGAAAAAUCUAGCCGGAACGCCCUCUAAAGAUAGUAGGCGCCAACCGAGGACCCAAAAACGUCCUGAGGCUGUUACGUCUCCUCAGACUUGCCUAUCUCCCGAUGGCCGAACAUACCAGGCACCCUUAGUUGAACCACUCUUUCCAGAAUUGACAAAGUUCGAACCAAAUCGACAGCCAAUGUUUGAUAGUCCCAAUAAACCGCAAUCAGUAGCGCCGGCCAGUACAACCAGGGUAAAUCAUACGGCCAACCCAAAAAACAGCCAACCAUGUAUAAGAGUUUGGAAAAUUUGGCCAAGCGUAUCCCCUUACAGCCUGCACCGGUCACUCAAAGUCCGAAAGCGUUUAAGCCACGUCAGCCAUCCCCAACGGCAUACGUCAGCGAGAUGCAAACCUCAUAUGUCGUCACAUAUCCCACUGAUGAUACCACCGACGACGAAGACCAAAGCACCAAAUACGCAUCCUAUGGCCAGAAACUGGUAAACGAGGGAAUGGCGCCGAUGCGUCGGUCACGUAACGCUAGCGAAACUUCAACAGUGAGCUCGACCACUGCUUCGGUCACUUACUCCAACCAAGUGCCCUC